CCGAGGAAGAGGUAGGCCCCGGAGCCUACUGUCUCUUCCCAGGGCCCAGGCGUCCUGGGCGCCCCAGCUCCCCGCCGGGCUGACCAGCCCUCCUGUCUCCUGUCUCCCCUCUCAGGGGGACAGCCCCGCUGAGAUGGGGGCGCUGCUGCUGGAGGAGCCCAGAGGAGCCCCCGAGAGAGUUCCUGGCUCUUUGGGGGACACCCCUCACGGUGAAGAGACCCUGCCCAAGGCCAAGCCUGACUCCCUGGAGCCUACUGGCCCCUCCUCUCCGGCCUCAGUCACUGUCACCGUGGGCGAUGAGGGCGCUGACACCCCCGUAGGGGCCGCACCGAUCCUUGGGGAUGAUGCGGAGAAUCUGGAGGGAGAGGGGAGCCGCGUCCUGCUGGGCCAUGCCACCAAGUCCUUCCCGUCUUCCCCCAGCAAGGGGGGUGCUUGUGCUAGCCGGGCCAAGAUGUCGAUGACAGGGGCCGGGAAGUCGCCCCCGUCGGUCCAGAGCUUGGCCAUGCGGCUGCUUAAUUUGCCCGGGGCCCAGGGACCCGCAGCUGUUGGGCCUGAACCCACUCCAGCCACUACAGUCAGUCCCGAGGGGCAGCCCAAGGUGCACCGAGCCAGGAAGACCAUGGCCAAGCCAGGAAAUGGGCAGCCCCCCGUCCUUGAGAAGCGGCCCCCGGAAGUGCAGCAUUUCCGCAUGAGUGACGACGUGCACUCCCUGGGGAAGGUGGCUUCAGAUGUGGCCAAGAGGAGGAAGCUGAACCCUGGAGGUGGCCUGUCGGAGGAGUUGGGUUCUACCCGGGGUUCAGGAGGAGUGACCCUGGACAAGGGGGACCCCAGGUCCCUGGAGGAGUGGGAGACGGUGGUGGGGGAUGACUUCAGUCUCUACUAUGACUCCUACUCUGUGGACGAGCGAGUGGACUCUGACAGCAAGUCUGAAGUUGAAGCCCUGGCUGAACAACUGAGCGAAGAGGAGGAGGAGGAGGAGGAGGAAGAGGAAGAAGAGGAGGAAGAGGAGGAGGAAGAGGAAGAAGAGGAGGAGGAAGACGAGGAGUCAGGCAACCAGUCAGACAGGAGUGGCUCCAGUGGCCGGCGCAAGGCCAAGAAGAAAUGGCGAAAAGACAGCCCAUGGGUGAAACCAUCUCGGAAACGGCGGAAGCGAGAGCCUCCACGGGCCAAGGAGCCACGAGGAGUGAACGGUGUGGGCCCCUCAGGCCCCAGUGAGUACAUGGAGGUCCCUCUGGGGUCCCUGGAGCUGCCCAGCGAGGGGACCCUCUCCCCCAACCAUGCUGGGGUAUCCAAUGACACGUCCUCCCUGGAGACGGAGCGGGGCUUCGAAGAGCUGCCCCUCUGCAGCUGCCGCAUGGAGGCCCCCAAGAUCGACCGCAUCAGUGAGAGGGCCGGGCACAAAUGCAUGGCCACAGAGAGCGUGGACGGCGAGCUGUCCGGCUGCAACACCGCCAUCCUCAAGCGGGAGACCAUGCGGCCGUCCAGCCGGGUGGCGCUCAUGGUGCUCUGUGAGACCCACCGGGCCCGCAUGGUCAAGCACCACUGCUGCCCAGGCUGCGGCUACUUCUGCACGGCGGGCACCUUCCUGGAGUGCCACCCCGACUUCCGUGUCGCCCACCGCUUCCACAAGGCCUGUGUGUCCCAGCUCAACGGCAUGGUCUUCUGUCCCCACUGUGGGGAGGACGCUUCCGAGGCCCAGGAGGUGACCAUUCCCCGGGGUGACGGGGGGACCCCUCCGGCUGGCACUGCAGCCCCCGCGCCCCCACCCCUGGCCCAGGACGCCCCAGGGAGAGCAGACACUUCCCAGCCCAGCGCCCGGAUGCGAGGGCAUCAUUUGCCUUUAAAGNCACCCUGCGACCCCCUGGCCGACACCAUCGACAGCUCAGGACCCUCCCUGACGCUGCCCAGCGGGGGCUGCCUCUCAGCCGUGGGUCUGCCACUGGGGCCAGGCCGUGAGGCCCUGGAGAAGGCCCUGGUCAUCCAGGAGUCAGAGAGGCGGAAGAAGCUGCGUUUCCACCCCCGGCAGCUGUACCUCUCUGUGAAGCAGGGGGAGCUCCAGAAGGUGAUCCUGAUGCUGUUGGACAACCUGGACCCCAACUUCCAGAGCGACCAGCAGAGCAAGCGCACGCCCCUGCACGCGGCUGCCCAGAAGGGCUCUGUGGAGAUCUGCCAUGUGCUGCUGCAGGCCGGAGCCAACAUCAACGCCGUGGACAAGCAGCAGCGGACGCCGCUGAUGGAGGCCGUGGUGAACAACCACCUAGAGGUGGCGCGCUACAUGGUGCAGCGGGGCGGCUGCGUCUACAGCAAGGAGGAGGAUGGCUCCACCUGCCUCCACCACGCAGCCAAAAUUGGCAACUUGGAAAUGGUCGGCCUGCUGCUGAGCACAGGGCAGGUGGACGUCAACGCCCAGGACAGCGGCGGGUGGACGCCCAUCAUCUGGGCCGCAGAGCACAAGCACAUCGACGUGAUCCGCAUGCUGCUGACGCGGGGCGCCGACGUCACACUCACGGACAACGAGGAGAACAUCUGCCUGCACUGGGCCUCCUUCACGGGCAGUGCUGCCAUUGCCGAGGUCCUCCUGAACGCCCGCUGUGACCUGCACGCCGUCAACUACCACGGGGACACGCCCCUGCACAUCGCAGCCCGGGAGAGCUACCACGACUGUGUGCUGCUGUUCCUGUCUCGGGGGGCCAACCCGGAGCUGCGGAACAAGGAGGGGGACACGGCGUGGGACCUGACCCCAGAGCGCUCGGAUGUGUGGUUUGCGCUCCAGCUCAACCGCAAGCUCCGCCUUGGCGUGGGAAACCGGGCCAUCCGCACGGAGAAGAUCAUCUGCCGGGACGUGGCCAGGGGCUAUGAGAAUGUGCCCAUCCCCUGCGUGAAUGGGGUGGAUGGGGAGCCCUGCCCCGAGGAUUACAAGUACAUCUCGGAGAACUGCGAGACGUCCACCAUGAACAUCGACCGCAACAUCACCCACCUGCAGCACUGCACGUGUGUGGACGACUGCUCCAGCUCCAACUGCCUGUGUGGCCAGCUCAGCAUCCGAUGCUGGUACGACAAGGACGGGCGGCUGCUCCAGGAGUUUAACAAGAUCGAGCCCCCGCUGAUCUUCGAGUGUAACCAGGCCUGCUCCUGCUGGAGAAACUGCAAGAACCGGGUGGUGCAGAGCGGCAUCAAGGUGCGACUGCAGCUCUACCGCACAGCCAAGAUGGGCUGGGGCGUCCGUGCCCUGCAGACCAUCCCUCAGGGCACCUUCAUCUGCGAGUACGUAGGGGAGCUGAUCUCAGAUGCCGAGGCUGAUGUGCGAGAGGACGACUCUUACCUCUUCGACCUGGACAACAAGGACGGGGAGGUCUACUGCAUCGAUGCCCGUUACUAUGGCAACAUCAGCCGCUUCAUCAACCACCUGUGCGACCCCAACAUCAUCCCCGUCCGCGUCUUCAUGCUGCACCAAGACCUGCGGUUCCCACGAAUCGCCUUCUUCAGCUCUCGAGACAUCCGGACUGGGGAGGAGCUGGGCUUUGACUAUGGCGACCGCUUCUGGGACAUCAAGAGCAAGUACUUCACCUGCCAGUGUGGCUCCGAGAAGUGCAAGCACUCGGCCGAGGCCAUCGCGCUGGAGCAGAGCCGCCUGGCCCGCCUGGACCCCCACCCUGAGCUGCUGCCCGAGCUGGGCUCCCUGCCCCCAGUCAACACCUGAGAAGAGGCCGUGGACCCUCCCUGCCGGCGGGGCCACCCACUCUCCGCUGCCAGUCUGGGGUGCCGCGCCCCUUCACACAUUCCUGCCAGGCUCCCGUGGGCCCUGGAGGUCCGAGCCCCGCUCCCGGCGCCGGCUCCUCCCUGGGAGCCUGACUCGGGGCUGCCCGCCCGUCCCCUGCACUGGCAUCGGAUGAAUUGAAGUUGGGCCUCUGCGCCGACUGGGUUUUUUUCCUCAGUAAAUGUUGGG